CAAUGGCUUCCUACGGCGACUUUCAGUUCAUUGCAACCCCAGCUUCUGCUGUAAGAGACGUUUCUUCCACCCAGUUUGGCAUUAGAACCACUGACUAUCCUGCUAUCAAAAAUGCCCCAUUGCCUGCUGAUGGUCCAAGCACAAAGCACUUUUCCAACUUGGUCUUAAUUGGUUUGGCUUUGCUGAUUCCCUACUACAUCAAGUACAAGCUAGGUGGUGGUUUGUUCACCUUUGUUUUCUUUUUUAUUCUCACCAUUAUUCCUGUGUUGAUGGCCUACUGGACUGUCAUGUCCAACUUCUCUCCAAGAUUGAAUGAAAAAGUUACUUUCCCAGGCAAAAAUGUUGAGGACUAUCUAGAAUUCCACACAGACGACUUGAAACAAAAAUACUCCGGUUCAAAUAAAAUACCUUGGGAAACCUUUCACGAAUUGUAUUUCGAUGGGAAAGUUUCCUUUAAAGGCGACGCUUUGCAAAUUCUAGAAUAUAGACAUGACUGGUCCAAAUUUAGUUUCACUUUAUCCCUUUUCAGAUAUUUCUUAAUUGAAAUGAUCCCCGAGGUCAUCUUGCACACUAGAUCUCAAGAUGAAGAACAAGUUAGAGACCAUUAUGAUCGUGGCGACGACUUCUAUACUUGGUUUUUAGGUCCCAGAAUGGUCUACACUUCUGGUGUCAUUUCCGAUAUUACAAGAGAGGAAACGUUGGAAGAAAUGCAGGAUAACAAAUUGAAGAUUGUCUGUGAAAAGAUCAAUUUGAAAAAAGGUGAAAGAUUAUUGGAUUUAGGUUGUGGUUGGGGAACUUUGGCAGCUUUUGCUUCUUCUCAAUAUGGUGCUCGUGUUACUGGUAUCACUUUAGGUGUCAACCAAACUAAAUGGGGUAAUAACCAAUUGGCUCAUUAUGGUGUUUCAAAAGACCAAUCUGAAAUCUUAUGUCUUGAUUAUCGUGAUACCCCAGUUCCUCAAGGCGGUUACAAUAAAAUCACUUGUCUUGAAAUGGCUGAACAUGUAGGCAUCAGAAAAUUUGGUUCUUUCUUACAACAAGUUUAUGAUAUGCUAGAUGACGACGGUUUGUUUUUUCUCCAAUACGCCGGUAUUAGAAAACACUGGCAAUAUGAAGAUUUAAUCUGGGGUUUAUUCAUGAACAGAUAUAUCUUUCCAGGUGCUGAUGCCUCAACUCCUUUAGAUUUUGUCAUUUCGAAAUUGGAAGGCACAGGCUUUGAAGUUGUAUCAAUCGAUAAUAUCGGUGUUCAUUAUUCUGGUACUCUUUGGAGAUGGUACCGUAAUUGGUUAGGCAACAGAGAUAAGGUUGUCAAUAAAUAUGGUAUCAAGUGGUUUAGAAUUUGGGAAUUCUUUUUAGCUUCUUCAACUAUUAUUUCAAGACAAGGUUCAGCUACUUGCUAUCAAAUUGUUUUAAGAAAAAAUAUCAACUCUUAUCAUAGAGUUGAGUAUAUUCCACAUCAAAAGGGUUUGCUUGCUAAUCUUAAAGAUAAAACACCUUGGUUUUAAUUAAAAUGAACCAACUACAAAAAAGAUGAAAAUAAAAAAAAAAGAUAUUUCUUAACAGAGAAAUAGUCAACUUCAUUCAGUAUACAUAUAUAUGUAUAUAUUUAGAUCGAUAUAUAGAUUAAUAUUUAGAUCAAUAUUCUUGGAUUGGUUUUCUUAAAUAUAUUCAAUAAAUUUUUAACUCUAUUUCAUUCUAUCUCAUUUCUGUUUCCAUUUCCAUUUUCAUUUUCAUUUUCAUUUUCAUUUAUAUUUAACUUUUCUCCUUCCUUUGCACUAUUAUUCCUCGAACAACACCCAUUAUUGCAUUGAACAAUAACACUUCUUCUCCAAUCUCAACUUCUUUAAGUGGCACAACAUCUUCUUCAAUCAAAU